CUCCGCGGGCGGGGGGGGGGGGCGGCGGCGGCGGCGGCGGAGCUCGUUGAAGCGGCGGAGGUGGCGGCGACGGCCCAACGCUUCCCGCAGCGCGGCCGCCCCCCCCGGCCGGGACCAGCAUGGACUUCCGGGACGUGCUGCUGGUGGCCUCGGAGCAGCAAGGGGGCAGCGCCCCGCCGAAAAGAUACAGCUUGGCAGUAGGCCCCCCUAAAAAGGUUCCAAAAGUCAAGGGUGUUGAGUCUGCAGCAGUACAAGCUUUUCUCAGACGGAAAGAAGAAGAAAAGAAGAAAAAAGAACGAGAGGAAAAAAAAAGGAAAGAAGAACUCUUAGCUAAACGGGUUGAAUUGAAACAUGACAGAAAAGCAAGAGCAAUGGCUUCACGAACGAAGGACAACUUUUAUGGUUAUAAUGGCAUCCCAAUUGAGGAGAAGCCUAGAAAGAGGCGGACUUCUGAAAAUGUCAGCCGAGGGACAGAUGCAGAAUAUACCACAGGAGAUGAAACUGAGCAGUUUGAAUACAGUCAAACUGAAUCUGAGCAUGAACCUGAAGAGUAUGAAGAGAAACCAUCCAAAGCUACAGCGAAACCAAAGGCCCCUCCCAAAAGUGCAGCGGCCCCAAUGAACUUCACUGAUCUUCUCAGGCUGGCUGAGAAAAAACAGUACGAACCAGUGGAAAUAAAAGUAGUGAAAAAGGUAGAAGAACGGCCCAGGACAGCAGAGGAAUUGCGAGAGAGGGAAUUUUUGGAACGCAAAAACAAAAAAGGGGAAAUGCAAAAAGAAAAAAAGAAACCUGAAAAAGAGAUUAAGAAUAUAGCAGCUUCAGGUUCUUCAAAAAAAGUGUGCUCUCAGAAAGAGCUCGUGAAUGCAAAACUUAGCAAAGCUUCAGCAGAUAAACAUUCCUCUUCAAAAGGCCGUUUUUCUUCCGUAAGUUGUUCAGAUAAAAAAUCCAAAGCACCAGCAUUUACUGAAAAGCACUCCAGGCUGUCAUCAUCUUCUAAAUACAGUCAGAUGGAAAAAGCAAAACCUGCACAAAAUGGAUCUUUGAAAAGCUCAUCUAGUUUUAGCCAUAGUAAACCUCCAGUCAAUGGAAUAGGGAAAUCUGGGUCAAGCUCUCAUGCAUUCAUCUCAAAAGCAACUGCCAAUGGGACUCAGAAACUGCUGCCAGCUAAAGAGCCUAGUGUGAAAAAAUCUGCUUCUGCCCAUACAAAACAAGGAGUUGCAGCACCUUCUCAGCAUGAAGCCAGCUCUAGUGCAAAGCGGCCAGGCAGCAGUUCAGGAUCUGGAGGAACUGGGCGUCCGAGCAGUAGCUCACUCAUGGGACCUGCACGAUCAGGUGGUAGUUCAGUCCCUGUCCAUCCAAGCAGCAGUUUGAGCAUGGGACUUGGGCGGUCUGGUGGCAGUGCUAGCAUGGGACCCGGAAGGCCAGGCAGCAGCUCAAGCACAGGACUUGGAAAGCCAGGUGUCAGUUCAAGCACAGGACCUGGGAGACCGGGCAGUGGCUCGGGCUUAGGACUUGGAAAACCAGGUGUCAGUUCAAGCACAGGACCUGGGCGACCAGGCAUUAGUUCAGGCGCAACAUCUGGAAGGCCUAGUGGUUCAAGCAUGGGACAUGGGCGACCAGGCAGUGGCCUGGGCACCGGACCAGGAAGGCCAGGCAGUGGUUCAAGCGUGGGACCUGGGCGACCAGGCAGUAGCUCAGGCAUCACUUCAAAACCGAAGUGUACUGUUGUAUCGGAAACAAUUUCAUCUAAAAAUCUAAUCACAAGACCAAGCAAUGGACAGCUGAAUGGAAUGAGACCUCUCCCAGGGCACAGACCACCAGGAUUUCCUCCACAAGGUCUUCCGAGGCCUUCUCUUCCACCAAUAAGUUAUAAAAGGCAAAUAUGUGAUGAAGAAGAUGACUCUGAUUCUGAAAUGGAUGAUUUCAUCGAAGAUGAAGGGGACUCCCAGGAAGAAAUUUCAAAACAUAUUCGAGAAAUAUUUGGAUAUGAUCGGAAAAGAUACAAGGAUGAAAGUGAUUAUGCCUUACGUUACAUGGAGAGCAGCUGGAAAGAGCAACAGAAAGAAGAAGCCAGGAGCUUGAGACUUGGGGUACAAGAGGACCUGGAAGAAAUGAAACGAGAAGAGGAGGAAUGGAAACGCAAGAAGCAGGCAAAGAAACUGAAGACACACUGAGUGGCAGUAGUUUUGUCCUCUUUUCCUACUUCCUUUGCCACCACUUUGCCUCCAUUUUUCAGCUCCUCUUAUAAUUUUACUUCCGUUUUUCUUUGCUUACUAGAAGGUAUGAGAGUAUGUAAAGGGAAGAGAGAGUACUGAAAAGCAAGGCUUUAGUUUGACCUAAAGGAGAUAUUUAUUUUUAAUACUUGCCAGGGUUAAUUUUUUUACAAAGAAAGUAAUGCACUAGCACAGAUUAUUAGAUGGAAUAAAAAUUUAAUGAAUGUUUCCAUUGAUUAAACCAAUUUUCAACAUGCCAGCAGAAAUAUUAACUAGCUAUGCACUGGCUUGCAAUCAUGUGGGCCCACAUACCCAUAAACCUGUUUUUCAUUUUAGUUAGAAAAAAAAUGUAAAUGACAUUCGUGUUCCUUAGUUAUUUUGAGAGAGAAGAAUAUGGCUUUAUGUAUCUUGAGUCUCUUGAGUUAAGAUCCUUCAAAAUAUGGAAAUGUCAUCUGUACAGAAAAAGCUUGGAUGUAAAUUUCAGCCAUUGCCACAGAUGCCUAUAGCAAUAAUAUGAUCUAUGCUAUAUAUUCUUCUGAUUCGAGAAUUUUGUCUCUUAAUAAAAAUAGUACUUAAAAAAAAAAAAAAGAGAGAGAGAAAAAAAAACCCCAGACCCAUCAGUUUCUGAAAAAUGCAUUUCAUUCACAGUUCCUUGCAGUUAAAGUGUGACCAAAAGAUUACAUUGGCAUCUGCUAUGUCUGGAAUUUCAAUACCGGUUUAUUUCAGGAAGUCAAAUAAAGAGCAUUUAUUCUGAAAAAUAGGAAUUUGCUGUUUGUAUGAACUUGUGCUUUUGGGCUCAAGCAUAUACUUAGCAACUUUUUUCUGCCCUUUAAAGCUUAAAAUUUGUUUAACAAUUUUCUUCUGUUCUUAUACUUUGAGUGUACAGUGCAAAUAUUUUUUUCUUGCGUUAAAAACUAGGUGAUUUUUUUUUUAAUGAUUUUAAGCUAUGAAGAGUUGCUUAUGCAAGCAGUUCCAAAGUCUGGCUGAGUACAUCAGAAUUAGGUACAGCAUUCUCAAAAGUGCUUGUUAGGAUCAAGCAAAAAUGCAUUUACACUUCCUCAGUGAUGUUAAUACCUUUGUAGCUAUCAUCACAAUUUCCAUUUCAUAGAGGGAAUACUUCUAAUUUUUUCAGCAAACCAAAAAACUAAGUGUAAUGUGUAUCAAGAGAAUUCACCUCCUUAAUUUGGUGCCAACAUUGCACAUUUAUUUCAAGCUAUGCACUGUAAAAAAAAAAAAAAAAAAAAGUUUCCCUUCAAUAAUCGAGCAUAUUAAUAAUCAGCACAGGGUUCACAUAAGUGUACACCGAUUGCACUCUGGGUAUGCAGCCCCAGUCUGAUGAUGUAUCUAUUUUUUUUAAUUCCCCCCCCCCCACCAAGCCUUUUGAAGUUGGUGUAUCCAAGAUAACCAGUAUCACUGUUCAACUCUAAUUCAGGCCCAUGCUGCCACUAGAAAUUCUUCUAGCGUUAAAUACUUGAAUCAUUGCUAAUGUCUAAUGUUAGAAGCAUUUGUCAAAAGUGUUACAAGGGUUUGAAGGCAGAGGUAUGUGGAAGAGAGUGGCCAAAGAAAUAAGGAAGAGAUGGAGGAAAUGAAAUUCUGUACAAAAGUGAGUAUGAACACAAUGAAAAAAACUUUUCUUAUUGGAGAGCAUUUGUUGUCAGUGCUGCCUCCAGGGACACCAAUUCAGACACGAAGAGGAAAGGAGCAAUUGUGGGAGCAGAAGGGGUUUAAGCACCUGACUCUUAAUGGAAGGAAAAAUAGGGUGUGUCCCUGGCCUAAACUAUUUUUUGUCAGUGGUGUAGCAUUUUACCUUCUCAGCAUAUUGGGGGCUACAGAUUAGUGCAGUAUUAGUAGAUGAGGACACCCAUCUGAUGGUAGCCAGAACUGUUCCUGUAUAUUUUUGAAAAAAAAUGUGUAUAUUCAUCAACACCCAAAAAACCGAUUCUUAUAUAAACAUUUGAGGUCAUACAACAUACUGUAAUCUCAUUGCUUGCGUACUUAAAAUGUCUCUGUAUAUUUGCUCUGCUUAAUGGGACCAGCUGAAAUUGAUUAUGCUGUAGUUCCUAGAAUUAUCCGCUCAAGGCUAUGACUGUUGGGACCAUGACUAAGUGGCUGUUCAUUUUAUUUUUUAACUGAAGAGAAUGUGUGGAUCUUUGUCAGCUGAGAUAUCUGUAUUAGCCAGGAAAACAAGCAUCUGAAUUGUUGAAAAUGCUGACUGUUCUGAAAUGCAAGAACUGUAUUUGUGGUUUGAUCCGUUGAAAUUUAAAAACAUGUAUGUUGCAAAGUGACAUUAAGGCUGAUUCAGUUUGGAGCAUUUCAGAUGAACACGGGUGAAAUAAAGUCCUGAUUAUCAUUUAUUAACCUACAUGAUACAGUGAUACGUUUUAAUUAAGCACUCUGUACCCAAUGAAUUCAGUUCUCUAAUCUUUAAAGCCUUUUCUUGUCAUUUGUCUUGUAGAUUUGGAUCACUGGAACGUGAUUCCAAUGCCAGCCUCCUUCAAACAUUGUAUACCUUGUGUUGUAUUUGUUCCUUCUCCUACUAUCAUUGUUUACAAUUAGUUUUUAUAUUUCAUGUAGAAAUUUAAUUCAUGGACACAUUUGUAAUUUUAUAGUCAAGAAGUACUUUCUCAUAGCUGCUAUGGGUUGCCAAUGAUUUCUCAAAUUUUGUACAAAAUACUGGAUUUUAAUUAAUAUGUGUUUGUGCAGUCACUCCAUUGUUUGUAAAUCAGCUAGGAAGCUAAUAAGAGGUUUUGGGCAUUUAAAAAAAAAAAAAAAGGAAAAAUCUUGGUCUUAUGUCCAAAAAAUGUCUACCAGAUAGUCUUGUUAACUUUAUAAAAUAAUCUAAAUAUUCUUCAAAAGCACAUAAGGAUUUGAAGCAAAGAGAAAUUCCAAAAAUGUCUGUUCUGGCAUGUAAGGAUCUACAUUCAGCUGGUCAGAGGCAUAACGAUGUGGCCAGGUACUAGGGGCAGCUGCCAGGUAGGAGCAGUGGUGACUUUCGGCUGCUGGUGGGCCACCAACAUCAUUGUGUGGCUGCAGCAGCUGCCAUUCUUUCCUACUUCUGUCUCCUCCAAGUUGGCACCCAGGGUGGGAUCCCCAGAUGUCCCGCCUUAGUUAUGCCAUUGCUGCUAGUGACUUAAUUGUAGUUAAUGAAACUAGCUUUGAUUUUUUUUUUAAUUAUUUUUUUUAGAUUUUUAACUCAAUGUUUGAUGAUGUGCCUUUUUUACUAAAUUAUCUAAGAACUCUAUUCAUGAAUGUAGGAAUAUUUUUAAAAAGUGAGUUUCUGCUCCCACAGAUACUGUAUCCUUUUAAACUUAAUAGCGUGGAAUUAUUUAGUUUUCAUAAAAACCCUUCCAGGUCUGGCUUUGAUUGCACAAUUACAGUAGCUGCAACUUUACCACUAAUAUCACUUAAUUUAAGGGCACUUUCUAUUAAAGACUCUUUUAAAAAUGUCUUGUAUUUACAUUUUAGGCUCUGCUUAACUCUUUACAGCAAUGUCCUUUGGAGGCCAGGGUAUUGCAUAUCACAGAAAGCCUUAGUGUGCAACUCUGUGCUGUGCUUUAAAGUAGAAAUCUUUCACAAAAAUAUAUAUAUAUAAAAUCCCUCUAUGGGAGUCUGGGUUUAUUUUUGUGUAAAGCCCAAAAUAUUGCCCAGGAAAACUAAUUUUCUAUUUUUUUAAUUUGGAUUUUGUAACACAAUCUAGUAGCUGAAACAUAUUUCUACAGAUAUAGCAGGAGACCAAAAUACAUCGCAAAAAAAUAAAUAUAUGAAGAGAAACUGGUGUUAAAUUGUGAUGAAUGUACUAUUUAUUUUGGUGAGUGGGUGUGAUGCAAUAUUAAACUGUUAGUGUGUAAAUAAGGGUGGUUCUAGUUUUAGUCUGUGAUUUUCCUUUUCUGCUGAAAGGGUCAUUUGUGCACAAUGUCUUUACACAAUGUGACAAAUAAGGUAAAAAAAAACAAAACCAAACCUUACCUAGCUUAACUGUUUUCUGGUGCUGUCAAAAAAAAAAAAAAGUGUAUACUUUUGCAAGCACAAGAGUGCAAAUGAAAGUUUUGCAGAAUAUGUAUACAAUAAAUUACCAGGCAUUAAACAUUUA